AUUCACGGUGAAAUGGAAAAGCGCACGUAGCGAUUCACGUUUGAAUAGCUACGUGACAAUAACUAGUGACGUGGUUUUCUUCUACAUUAUUAUCAAAUUAUCAUCAUUAGUUCAGCAAUCUUAACUCAUACUUACGUUCAGUUUUAGUUAUUGUCAUUCAUUUUUAAAGUUAUUGUUGUACCUUUGUAAAUCGAUUCAAUCAACUUAAUUAAAUAAUCAAGAGACUGCUCAUCAACUAUUUAUACUGAUUUGACGUCAACUCAUUAUCGCAAGGUUGAUCAGACAACUCAACCCGGCUUAUUUAGCUAAGUGAUUUAUGACCACAAGGUAUCAAGAAGUAAUAAUCCAGUAAAAUAAAUUAUCCAGUUAACUUCCAAUAAUUGUUAAAACUCAGUAUUAUUACAACAUACUUAGUCAAUUUAAUUGAGAUAAUUAUUUAUUCAGUGCAACAUUAAAAUUUCACCUUAAUUCGACAUGUGCCUUACAAUCACGCGGUUGGACAUUCAAUCUAUUUUAUUUUGAUGACUCAAUAGUUUUGUUUGCUAAAUUCAAUCAAUCCCAUACACUCAAGUGUCAUUAAGAUUUCUUGAUAAAUAAUUUAAUAAAUUCAGUAUAUGCAAAUGCAAAUGCAAUCAAUCAAAUAAUCAGUAUUUAAGUAUCAGUGUAUGCUUGCAAUGAUAGUUAAAUGAAAAAUACUUGUAUUUUUGUGAAUCACCAUCUCUUAAUAAUCCUUAAUCCUGGCCCUGUUCUCCUCAUUAGUUUUGAAGCUAUUCAAUUAACAUUCAGUGCAUGUGCUUUUUUUGCGGCUGAAAAGGUGGUCAUUGUUUUAUUGGCUCAUGCAUUGUUAAAUUGCGUUUUCAAAAAAAAGAAGAUGGCAAAUUAAAUUGCUUCUAAGAUUCUAAAUUUGAAACUAAAAACUCGUUGACAACCUGAAAUAUUAAAGAUGACAAAUUAUUAAUAACCUGGCUCCACUAUGAAUUCUGUGUGAUCAUUUAUAAUGAUAUCCUACCAAGAUCUCGUUCUGAGCAACAAUAAAAUAAUAGAAAUAUUUUUGGAUAGCAAUGUCUAUUGGAAAAUUUUUUAAGUAUUCACUAUGCAUUAACUUCACUCUCUAUUUGUUGUGUUUGAUGUUUAUUAUUUCAUAUUUGGUCCAGACAUUAAUGAAUCAAUAUGGAUUCGACGGAUUUGACUUGGACUGGGAGUACCCAGGUGCAACAGAUCGAGGUGGUAAAUACUCUGAUAAAAAUAAUUUUUACUACUUGGUCGAAGAACUUCGACGAGCAUUUACAAGGGAACGUAAAGGUUGGGAGAUUACGAUGGCAGUACCAGUAGCUAAAUUCAGGCUUGCUGAAGGAUAUCAUGUUCCAGAAAUUUGUGAUAACGUAGAUGCAAUUCACGUCAUGGCGUAUGAUCUUCGAGGGAACUGGGUUGGAUUUGCCGAUGUUCAUAGUCCACUUUACAAACGUCCUCAUGAUCACUAUGCUUACGAAACACUUAAUGUUAACGAUGGUCUCCAAUUAUGGGUUGAUUCAGGUUGUCCACCAAAUAAGCUUGUUGUCGGCAUUCCUUUUUAUGGACGGAGUUAUACUCUUAGUGCAAGUAAUAAUAAUUAUCACCUCGGUACUUAUAUAAAUAAAGAAGCAGGAGGUGGGAUGGCUGGGAAAUAUACAGGAGCCAAAGGCUUCUUAGCUUACUACGAGAUUUGUCCACUUAUUCGAGGUGCCGAUAAAUGGGUAAAAAAAUGGGAUAAUGUAGGUAAAGUUCCAUAUGCCUAUAAAGAUACACAGUGGGUUGGAUAUGAAGAUCCUGAAAGUAUUCAAAUAAAGGUGGAUUGGAUUAAAUCGAAAGGAUACGCUGGCGCUAUGGUUUGGGCUCUUGAUAUGGAUGAUUUCUAUGGGCUCUGCGGUGAAAAAGAUAUUCUAAUCAAAAUAAUUCAUGAAAACAUUAAAAAUUAUUAUGUCCCGAUGCCCACGACUAGUACAACACCAAGACCUGAAUGGGAUAGGCCACCUAGCACGACCUUAGUAACUAAUGGAUAUGUUACUACUCCACCUCUAUUGGAAACUGAAAAAAUCUUUCCAUCAAAUUUUGAUAACAAAACAACAAAUUCACCCAAUACGGUUCAAAAUUUAAUAGUUGACAUUAUUCAAAUUGAUAACGAAACAAAUAAUAUUCAGUGUGAUAAAUAUGAUUUUCUACCUUCAAAAAAUUGUCACGUGUACUAUCGUUGCAUUCAUGGAAAACCUCUCUUAUUUCAAUGCCCUAAUCGAUUGAUUUACAAUCCUGCAACGCAUGCUUGUGACCUGUCAGCAAACGUCAACCGCUUCGAUUGUAAGAAAUAAAUAAAAAUUGUCAUUAUUGAAGUAAUAUUAAUGACUACUUAAAAUCCAGCUUAAACCAUUUAAAUUAUAGUUUAUAAAUAAUAGUUCGAAACUGUCAAUGACAUCUUAACAUAAUGAUAUAACGAUAUGACCAAUAAACGCCUGCUUAAUUACACGUUA